UUGAUCAAUAUGCUUCACCCACGAGCGUGGUGCGCCGUGUAAAGGUUCCAACCAUCGAAUUUCGCUCGCAAACAUUAAUAAUAUGUUUCAAUAAAAAAGGCAGCGCUGAUAAGAUAAGGCUUCUGCUUUACAGGUAUUUGGGAUUCUAGCCAGUUAGUUGUUUGAAUGUAACGCGAUCGGACCGCGAAUAUCGACCGGCCAAAAUAUGAGUGCGAUUGAAUUAUACACGAAAGGAGCGAAAGUAUGGAUCCCACAUCCGGAAAAAGUAUGGGAAGGAGCCGAACUGGUCGAGGAUUACUCCCCGAAGAAAACAGCACUAGGCAUAAUAACGGAAUCCAACGAAACGAGGACUCUCACAAUAAAAAGCGAAAAGGACCUUCCGUUUUUGAAAAAUCCCCUCAUUUUACUCGGCGAAAACGACUUGACUUCUUUAUCCUAUUUACACGAACCGGCCGUUUUAAAUAAUCUCCAAUUCAGGUUUUGCCAGAAAAGCUACAUUUACACCUACUGCGGCAUCGUCUUGGUAGCUGUUAAUCCUUACACGGAUGUAUCCAUUUACGAUAUCGAUACAAUACAAACGUACCGGCGCAAAGGAAUCAGCGAGCUGGAUCCUCACAUAUUCGCGGUAGCUGAAGAGGCGUACAGGAAAUUGGAGCGCGAGCAAAAGGACCAGAGCAUCAUCGUUUCGGGCGAGAGCGGAGCCGGCAAAACGGUAUCGGCCAAAUACACGAUGAGGUAUUUCGCGACCGUCGGCGGUAAUGCAACCGAAACGGAUAUCGAGAAGAAGGUCUUGGCCAGCAGUCCCAUUAUGGAAGCAUUCGGUAACGCCAAAACGACCAGAAACGACAACAGUUCCAGAUUUGGAAAAUUCAUAGAGUUACAUUUCAACAAGCAAUUUCACAUUUGCGGCGCUUCGAUGAGGACGUAUUUACUGGAAAAAAGUAGAGUAGUAUUUCAAGCGCCCAACGAGCGGAAUUACCACAUAUUUUAUCAAAUAUGCGCGGCUAGGCAGAAAUUAAAACACCUGCAAUUAGAUCACCAGAACAAGUUCCAUUAUUUGAACCAAGGCGAGAGCCCUAACGUGAGCGGCGUCGACGAUGCCAAAGAAUUCGAAGAAACCUUGAGCGCCCUAAACCUGCUGGGCUUCUCCGACCAAGAACAAGACGAUUUACUCAAGAUCUUGGCCUCCAUACUCCACAUCGGCAACAUCGACUUCAAGGAAGGCAUGAUUAAAGUCGAAAAUGAACAGGACCAGCAAGGAUGUUUCAUCGAGCCCGACGAUUUGGGUCUAACGACGGCGGCGCGGCUCCUGGAAGUGGACGAGAACGAAUUGCGCCACUGGCUGUGCACGAGGAAAUUGGUGUCGAUGCGCGAGGUGUUCCUGAAGCCGAUGACAGUGGCGGCGGCCGUGCGGGCGCGGGACGCCCUCGUCAAGCACGUGUACUCGGAGCUCUUCAACUGGAUCGUCCUCAUCAUCAACAGAAUGCUGGAAUCUGAGGUGCCCCGACACCGGUUCGUCGGCGUGCUCGACAUCUACGGCUUCGAGACGUUCGACGUCAACUCGUUCGAGCAGUUCUGCAUCAACUACGCCAACGAGAAGCUGCAGCAGCAGUUCAAUUUGCACGUGUUCAAGCUGGAACAGGAGGAGUACAUCAAGGAGGGCAUCGAAUGGAAGAUGAUCGAGUUCUACGACAAUCAGCCUUGCAUCGAUUUAAUCGAGGCUAAAUUGGGUAUUUUGGAUUUGUUGGAUGAGGAGUGUAAGAUGCCCGGUGGUUCGGACUCUUCGUGGACGGAAAAACUCUACACGAAAUGUUCCAAGUAUUCGCAUUUCUCCAAAGCCCGCUUCGGCACUUCCUCGUUCGUAGUCAACCAUUUCGCGGAUAAGGUGCAGUACGAAAGCGAGAGUUUCCUCGAGAAAAACCGCGACACCGUCGUAGAGGAGCAAUUAAACGUGAUUAAAGGAACCAGGAAUCCAUUAGUGCGGGCGCUAUUCACACCCGAAAGCUUCGUCAAACCCGCUCCCAGGACCAAAUUGAAAGUCGUCUCCGCCAAAGCUCCCACCGUUGUGCAGAAGACCCACAAGCAAAGCGUUUGCUCACAGUUCCGAGACUCCCUGAACCUUCUCAUGACCACCUUAAACGCCACCACACCCCACUACGUCAGAUGCAUAAAGCCCAACGACGAAAAAAUCCCGUUCGACUUCAACCCGAAGCGAGCGGUGCAGCAGCUCAGAGCCUGCGGCGUGCUGGAAACCAUCCGGCUCUCGUCCGCCGGAUUUCCCAGCCGUUGGAACUACUCGGACUUCUUCAGCAGGUACCGCGUGCUGUGCAAGUCGCAGGAGAUCGACGCGACGCGGCUGAACGGCACCUGCGAAAUAAUCCUGCGGCGCUUCCUCAAGGACGGCUCCACGUACCAGUUCGGCAGGACGAAGAUCUUCUUCAAGCCGGGCCAGGUGGCCUACUUGGAGAAGCUGCGAAGCGACAGGCUGAUCGCUUGCGUGGUGUUGAUGCAGAAGACCGUGAGGAUGUUCAUUCAUCGAAAGCGGUACUUGAAAACGAAGAGAUCUUGCUUGUUGAUCCAGCGGUAUGGAAGAGGAGUGUUGGCUAGACGAUUGGCUAUGGAUAUAAGAAGGGAACGGGCGAGUAUCGUGAUUCAAAGGCACGUCCGCGGCUGGAUCAAGCGAGUGCAAUACGAGAGACUGAAAAAAUGCGUGCUGGGUAUACAGCGUUACGCGAGAGGCAAACUCGCCAGGAUAAAAUAUCUCCAAUUGAAAUACAACGCAGCCUCGAUUGUCAUACAAAAAUACGUUCGCGGUUGGUUGGCCAGGAGGGAAUACAAGAAGAUGAUAAGGCAUAUCGUCGUCUGUCAAUCGGCCAUACGAAGAUUCUUGGCGAGGAGGCAAUACAAGAAAUUGCGAAUCGAGGCCCGCUCGAUCGAGCACGUCAAGAAACUCAACAAAGGCUUGGAGAACAAAAUCAUCGAACUGCAACAGAAAAUCCAAGUGCUCAAUAAGACGAACGCGGAGCUCAAAGUUCAUCAGAACGAAGUCGUCGAAUUGAAGGCGAAAAUGCAAUCGUUCCGCUCAAUGGAAACCGAAAUAAAAACCCUAAAGAACCAAAACAACGAGUUGAGCCAAUUAGUGAAGAAAUUAGAAGACAACGUUAAAACCGAACGAGAGGAUAAAAUCGACCUAGUAAACGAGUACGACAGGUUCAAGAAAGAAACGGAGGAGGAGCGCGAAAAGUGGGCGGAAAACGCCGCCCGGCUGCGGCAAGAAGUCGAAAAUAUGAACGAAAUAGUGAAGACCAGCGAGGAGGGUUCCAAGGAGAACUUGAAAAACCGCCUGGAGGCCGAGAAACUGUUGAUUAUGAACGAGGCCAACACCGAACGGGAGCAGUACCAGAAGCUGCUCAGGGAGUACCAGACGUUAGAGCAGUAUUGCGACGAAUUGAAACUCCAAUUGUACGCCGACGGAAAACUGGCUUUGGACGAUCAACUGACCAUCGACGUGGGAGAAGACUUCGGUUACGGGUCCGUCAGAUCGAACGCGAGCAGCCGCUCGACCAAAGAACGACUGGACAACGUCGAUUGGAAAGUGGAAGCCGCCAGCGAAAGCCACACUCCCAGCACCGGCGAGUCGAACGCGCAGCACAACGAAAACGCCGCCGACGUCGGGCUGGUCCUCAAACUCCAACACAAACUGGCCGAGGUGGAGCGGCAGAAGGAGCGCAUGCAAAAGCGAUUGGACGAAUUGAACACGUCGCCGAAGGCGGAGAAGGCCAAAACCGAGGCGGAGAACUCGAUCAGAAUAUCCGAAUUGGAAAUACACAAUUCGCAGCUCAAAACGCAAUUGUACGAAUUACAAAAUAGCAUCAAAGAAGGAAAAGGCUCGAUAAAAUUGCACGAACAAUUGGCGACCGCUCAAAACGAACUAGAACGCAGAAGCGAGGAAAUCGUACACCUCAAAACCGUUCUGAAUUCCAGAUCGCACACAGGUGAAUACAUAAACGAAGACGGUGAACUCGCUCAAGCGUACGAAACGCAGAAGAACAUCAACAAGCUGCUCGAGCUCGAGCUGCAGGACGAGAAGGCCAAGUACAUGGCCUACGAGCGCGAUUUGAAAGCGGAAAUCGAGCGCUUGCAGGAGGACAUGGAGCGACAACAGCAGGUCCUCUCGGCGAACCUGCUGGGCUCCGGCCAGACGCAGAACGAGGCCUACAUGCAGCUGGAAAUCAAGAGGAUAACGCUGGAGAACGUCGAGUUGCGCGACAAACUCGACGCUCUCAACGAAACCGUUGGGAAGUUGAAGAAGAAAGAGAAGUUUUUGAUGGCCAGAUUGAAGAAGCUUGGCUUCGAUUUGGACGAGAAUUACAUGGACGAGGCCAGGAGGAAGGUCAACCAGAAAGUGGCUCUGGUGUUGCCCGAGAGGAAUCUAUCGAGCAUACCCAAACGGGAGAAGGAAUACUUGGGGAUGUUUUCAUUUAAUAAGGGCUGCGAAAACGCCAUUAUGAAGGAGCUUAUAAUCGAUCUGAAACCCCGUAUAGCGGUCGCUCUUUUGCCCGGCCUGCCUGCUUACAUCGUCUUCAUGUGCGUAAGGUACGCGGAUUACAGAAACGACGAGGACAUGAUCAAAACGCUCUUGGGCUCCUUUACUUAUACGUUCAAGAAAGUUACCAAAAAACGCAUAGCGGAUUUCGAAACCACCGCUCUUUGGCUCUCGAAUUUAGUCAGGCUAGUGAACACCAUGAAGCAGUACAGCGGCGACAAAGCGUUCCAAAUACAAAACACCCAGCGGCAGAACGAGCAGUGCCUGAAAAACUUCGACUUAUCCGAAUAUCGGCAACUGUUCGCCGACAACGCGCUUUGCAUAUACUCCGGGAUGAUCAAGAACUUCCAGGAGAAAAUCCAACCGUUGAUCGUGCCAGCGAUACUGGAGCACGAAGAGAUACAAGGAAUGAUCGGCGGCAAGCCUAGCGGCUUCAGGAACAGGCUGGGCAGCUCUUCCAGCGUGAGCAGCCCGACCGGUAGCCACAAACCUACCACGAUUCUCCUGCAGGAAUUGACGAAUCAUUAUAAGAUGUUGGGCUAUUACGGAGUGGAUCAGGAACUGAUAUCGCAAAUAUUCAACCAAAUGUACUACUUCAUUUGCGCCACCAGCUUGAACAACUUACUGCUGAGAAAGGAGCUCUGCCACUGGAACAAAGGCUGCCAAAUUCGGCACAACCUGUCCCAUUUCGAAAUGUGGACGAGAGAUAAAACUCUAGAUGAACGCGCUAUCCAAGAAACCCUCCAGCCGAUCAUCCAAGCGGCCCAUCUGCUGCAAGCCAGGAAAUACUCGGAGGAUGUGAACAGCAUAUGCGACAUGUGCAGCGCACUGACGCCCCUGCAGAUCUGCAAGAUACUGAACAUGUACACGCCCGUCGAGGAGUUCGAGCAACGGCUGCCCGCCAACUUCAUAAAGCAAGUGCAGCAGAAGCUGAACGAACGGCCUGAUACUAGUUCGCAGACUCUGCUUAUGGAUGUUAAAUAUACGUACACCGUGCGCUUCUCUUUCAAUCCGUCUCCUAUUUGCUUGGAGGACGUGGAAAUUCCAGACGUGAUAAAUUUACCGAUGCUGGAGAAGAUAUAAACUGGAGAUUUGUUAUUAAUUCGUAUCUUCUGGAACGAUUAGGUAUAUGUAUAUUGCUUCCAUAGAUGUAAAUGAAGAAUAGAAAGAAGCAAAAAGUAAGUGUCAAUAUCCUAAAAAGUUGGGGAAGUUCAAUGGUAGGAAUACUUAGACUGCUUUUGAGAAUCUUUAAGAAUACUAUUUACAUUAUUAUAUGGGUGUAUUGUUAAUGCACUAAAUGUUAAGGAAAGAUAUAAGAUGUGUUAUUGCUAAUUCAUGUUUUUCUUGGAAAUUUAUCAUUAUUUCCCCUUCUUAUAUUUCUAUAGACACCACAAAAGUUGAUAUUUUUAAAGUUUAAAAAGUAACGAGGCUUUGCAGCUAUUUGAUGGCGUGAAUUCACUUAUGAUGUGCUGUUUAUUAGGAUUAAAUUGAUGAAUAUUAAAGAACUGUUAUCAAUAUAAAUUGAAUAGAGUAUAUUUAUGAUAAAAAUUUUAUUUUGAAGAGGAUCAUAUAAAAAAGGACCAGUCGCAAAUAUGAUGUUAUUGUAGUUAUUUUUUACGUUCCAGAAAUUGUUUUUAACUUAUUUUGAAGGCAAUCAAAUAGAUACUUAUUUUUUUUAAUUUAUUCCGUCUUGAUUGUAUUUAUAAGUAUAUUGUAGAUAUUUCUGUAAAUAGUGUUAAUUAGUAGAAUAUAGUCCUUUAUUCUCGUUGAAAAUUGAUGAUAAUUUUAUCAGAGUUAAAUUUAUGAUAUAGUUUAUAUAGGUAUACAACUAUUUUGAAUGCAUCAUUUUUAUGCAUUAUAAUUUCACUUGAUACUUAAUGUUAUAUCCUAUAACGCAAUUAAAUGUCUAUUAAAAAAUUACGUUGGAAAUUCCGGGCAUAUUUUCAACAAUCUUCUUGAAAUAUUUUUAUGAACAAAAUUAAAUUCUUUUUUGUCUUCCCUAUCAAGCAAUUAUUCGUAGAUACUAAUUCGAGUCUGUAAUUGUUUUUUAAAUGAAAUAUAUCAGAUACCUACAUAAUAUUAUGUAGCUCGCUUUCCUCUAUCAAACAUUGAAUUAUUUUAGUAAAAAUGCUAAAUGAUUUCAGCAGCAUUUUACAUUUACCUACCCAAAAGAGGCUGUGACAGAGUGAAGCAAAUAUGUGCAUUAUGUAAUAUUCAUGUUAUUUAAUUGUUACCGAUGCGAGGUAUAUUAUAUUGUGAAGAUAUACAAUAGAAAAGUAUUAAAAUUGUAACUUUCUUGCUAGAAAAUUAUAUUGUACAAUAGAGUAGAAGUUAUGUGAAAAUUUCAUUGCGUUCCUAUUGGUAUUGUGAUAUUGUUUUUUUCUUAAAUUAUUUUGUACUUAGUUAAUAAUAAAAGUAAAAUUAUGUUGAGA